ACAAUUGUUAAAAAAAACAAACUAAGGAGUGAGGGAGUACUAUUUAGUCAGAGAUUUGGUUGCAAACCCUGAAUUCUCGAACAAAAUAUCAGCAUUACUGAGUUGCUCCUGCUCGUUGAUGAAUCCUGACGCCGCCGUUUAACUUUGCUUUCAACUUCUAUAUUCAAAUUUCAAAAUUGUAAGCUCUCAUCAUUUUCUUAGAGGGAACGGUUAAAUAUACAUUAACCUGAACAGAAUUUAAUCUGCCCCCGUCCUCAUGGCUGGUGAUUCUCAAAGAUAUUCUCCGCGGAGUCCCGAGGAUGGUUCACAAUGGUACUUUUCUAGAAAGGAGAUUGAAGAAAACUCACCGUCGAAACUAGAUGGCGUUGAUUUGAAGAAAGAAGCAUACCUACGAAAAUCAUAUUGUUCUUUUCUACAAGACUUAGGCAUGAGACUUAAAGUACCUCAGGUAACUAUUGCGUCUGCCAUUAUUUUUUGCCAUCGAUUCUUUCUUCGGCAGUCCCAUGCAAAGAAUGACCGAAGGAUCAUUGCUACAGUUUGCAUGUUUCUUGCUGGGAAGGUUGAAGAAACUCCCCGCCCUCUAAAAGAUGUUAUUAUUGUUUCAUAUGAAAUUAUACACAAGAAGGAUCCUGCAGCUGUUCAGAGGAUCAAACAAAAGGAAGUGUAUGAACAGCAGAAGGAAUUAGUUUUAGUUGCAGAGAGGGUUGUUCUUGCAACUCUUGCUUUUGAUUUUAAUAUGCAACAUCCUUAUAAACCUCUUGUUGAGGCAAUAAAGAAAUUCAAAGUUGCUCAGCAUGCCCUUGCUCAAGUUGCGUGGAAUUUUGUCAAUGAUGGGUAUGAAGAUUACUUCUCCUUUUUUAUGGCCAAUGUAUCUAUGAUUUUCUUUACUGAAAUUUGGAUGUGGUGUGUAUGCAGCCUAAGGACAUCUCUUUGCCUGCAAUUUAAUCCCCAUCACAUUGCUGCUGGAGCCAUAUUCCUUGCCGCAAAGUUCCUCAAGGUGAAGCUCCCAUCAGACGGGGAUAAAGUUUGGUGGCAAGAGUUUGAUGUCACUCCUCGCCAGUUGGAGGAAGUUAGUAAUCAAAUGCUGGAGCUAUAUGAACAAAAUCGAACAGCGCCAUCCAAUAAUACUGUUGAAGGACCUGCAGGAAGUGGCAAUCGGGGAGCUGCAAAAGCUCCAACAAGCAAUGAUCAAACCGCAACCGCAGACAAUAAUCUACAUACCGGAGCCCCAAGUACAAGACAUGAAACAUCAAAACCUACAAUAUCUAAAAAUGUUAUUGAUCCGUCUGUUAAUCAUGUUUUUGCAAGAGGUCAUGGUAAACAUGGGGAUUAUGGGACCACAGAAACGAAAGACAUGGCGGAAGAUGAUGCUAAAUGCAAUAAACAUCCAGAGCAGAAACCUGCACCAUACAAAGAGAACUUUCCGGAAGCUCGGGAGACGGGGAGAUCUCAGUCAGGUUCGGAGAAAGAUCUAGAAACCAAUGGUCAGAGAAGCGACCUAAAUCACAGAGAUGCCGCAUUUGCCCACCCCCCACAGGAAGUCAUUAAAAAAAUUGAUAGAUACAAGCUAAAAGCUGCCUUAGAGAAGCGAAAGAAAGCAGCAGCUAUAGCAGCUAAUCAUAUAACUAAAAAAACCGAGUUAAUGGAUGAAGAUGAUCUGAUUGAGAGAGCAAUCGAAGAUGGAGUUGAAUUGGCUUCUCAGAAUGAGAAGAAUCAACUGCAUAAGCUUGAAAGCUCGUCUAUGCCCUUAAACAAAUCAGGUUAUGAGAAUAUGCAGCAUGGAAAGCAACAAGAUCAUGCAGAGGAUGAUCUUCAAGGGCGGAAGGGUAUGCCGCCAUGUGAAACAGUUCGAAGUGCCGAAGAAGAAGGGGAGCUUUUUACACUUAAUGACAUUAACCUUGGGGUUCAAUCACCCAAGUCAAGCAACAAGAGAAAAUCAAGGAGCUCGCCUGACGGAGUGAAGGAAGGGAAAAAACUGCAUAGUUAUAGUGCGGAACCUCCCCGCCAUAGCCGCUUUGAAUAUAUAGAAAAUAGAAACAAGGUCAACCAACCAGGACAUUCUGAGAGGGACAGCAAAAGUCGUGUACAGGAGCAUCACAUAUGAUGCAGUGUUUAAUGUGGCUGAACAUUUUAGACUCUUGUCUUGGCAUACACAUUCUUCUCAAAUGUAUUUUUGUCGGAUGAACAAAUGAGUUUUUGUCAGUUGGACCAAUUCCAUAUUAUGGAAACAAGGGAAAAUUUCUCAUCAAAAGUGUGAAUUUCAUAUAAAUUAAACAUGGUCUUGUUGUAGGAAGUCUAUUUUCCCAUAAGAUCAUAGAUUUUUAUCAUUAAUAUAAUUAUUAUCCAUGUGAAGUUGUGGUGGUUAAAUCUAGUGAUUAGAAGUGACAAGUAAUUUGCUAGUGUUGUAUCCUUUCAUAUAUUAGCGAACAAUGCACUUACAGCAAGCAACCCAACGGUUUGCUGAUUUACAUUUCGUCGCUGUGUAGAUUUAUUUGUGUUCCUAUACACUUUAUUGA